AUGCCACCACGAUACUACCCAUCCCAUCAUUCCUACCGAGGUUGCCUAGCUUUCCUAGCUUGGAUCGAUGGCGUGCCAACUCAUUCCGAAGAAUCUUUCAAGAUGCCUGGCCAGAUCGCCGCACCCAUCCCAGUUACGCCACCGCGUAAGAAUAUCCGUCACAACUCUUCCACAGACUUGUUCGCCAGCCUAAAUGCCACUCUUGCUUCUACGGAGAGUAAGCGACUUACCCCUAUCCGCUCUAUUCAAGAACGAGACUGGGAUGUGCCGGCUCCCCCGCCGCCUAGUCCGGUCAGCUUCCAUCCAGAUCACUGGCAGCGUACUCUACGUCAUUGA